AUGCGACAUCUGGACCUAUCCUGGCUGGGACUGGGGCCCAUGUCAGCCUCACCAUGGCUUCUCUUUGUCUUGGUUGGGGCUUCCUGGCUCUUGGCCCACUGCCUCAUCCAGAUCUUCACUUUGUAUGGAAAGUGUCAUCGUCUCCGUGGUUUCUCUCAGCCACCCAAGAGGAAUUGGUUUUGGGGUCACUUGGGCAUGUCCUCUCCCACGGAACAAGGCAUGAAAGAGAUGACUGAGCUGGUGGCCACCUACCCCCAGGGCUUCAUGACCUGGUUAGGUCCAGUGGUUCCCCUCAUCCAUUUGUGCCACCCUGACAUCAUCCGGUCUGUCCUCAGCGCCUCAGCUGCUGUUGCUCCAAAGGAUGCCAUCUUCUACAGCUUCCUGAAACCAUGGCUGGGGGAUGGGCUCUUGGUGAGUGCUGGUGACAAGUGGAGCCGCCACCGUCAUAUGCUGACACCCGCCUUCCAUUUCAACAUCCUGAAGCCGUAUGUGAAGGUUUUCAAUGACAGCACCAACAUCAUGCAUGCCAAGUGGUUGCACCUGGCCUCAGCGGGUAGCACUCGUCUGGACAUGUUUGAGAACAUCAGCCUCAUGACCUUGGACACUUUGCAGAAAUGUGUCUUCAGCUUCGACAGCAACUGUCAGGAGAAGCCCAGCAAGUAUAUCGCUGCCAUCUUGGAGCUCAGUGCCCUAGUUGUAAAAAGAAAUGAGCAGCUAUUUCUGCACAUGGACCUGCUCUACCGCCUCACACCUGAUGGCAUGCGCUUCUAUAAGGCCUGCCGCCUGGUACAUGACUUCACUGAUGCCAUCAUCCAGGAGCGACGUCGCACUCUGCCCAGUCAUAGUGGUGAUGAUGUCAUCAAGGCCAAGGCCAAGUCCAAGACUUUGGAUUUCAUUGAUGUGCUGCUGCUAAGCAAGGAUGAAGAUGGAAAGGAGUUGUCAGAUGAGGACAUCCGAGCUGAGGCUGACACCUUCAUGUUUAGGGGCCACGACACCACAGCCAGUGGGCUCUCCUGGAUCCUGUACAACCUAGCAAAGCACCCUGAAUACCAGGAGCGCUGCCGGCAGGAGGUGCGGGAGCUGCUGAGGGACCGAGAGUCUGAGGAGAUUGAAUGGGACGACCUGGCCCAGCUGCCCUUCCUGACCAUGUGCAUCAAGGAGAGUCUGCGGCUGCAUCCCCCGGUCACAAUGGUUUCCCGCUGCUGCACCCAGGACAUUUCCCUCCCAGAUGGCAGAGUCAUCCCUAAAGGCGUCAUCUGCAUCAUCAAUAUCUUUGGAACCCAUCACAACCCAACCGUGUGGCGGGACCCUGAGGUCUAUGACCCCUUCCGCUUUGAUCCAGAGAACAUCCAGGACAGGUCACCUCUGGCAUUUAUUCCCUUCUCGGCGGGACCCAGGAACUGCAUAGGACAGACUUUCGCCAUGAGCGAGAUGAAGGUGGCGCUGGCGCUCACCCUGCUGCGCUUCCGCAUCCUGCCGGACCACAAGGAGCCGCACCGGAAGCCGGAACUGAUCCUGCGCGCAGAGGGCGGGCUGUGGCUGCGGGUGGAGCCGCUGAGCACCGGUGCACAGUGACCCAUCCACUUUGCCCCGGACUUCCUAGUGAUGCUGCACUGUGCUGCCCUGGGUCGUUUUCAAACGGCCUGUCUUAAAGGAAACUUGGCCUCAGCCUUCCAGCCAUCUGAAACUGCAGUCUUUGGAACACCAUAUCGGGCUAGUUUUGGUUCUUCCGUAGUGUGUCUGAUCAUUGUGCUGUUGUGCCCAUUUUCACUCGUGAGAGGAACCCAAGGAGGUGAAGCUCCCCACCACGUCUGGGUGUUGACUGUCUCUGUGCCGACCUCUCUCCUCAGCUGCCUUUCUCUCCUGCCUCCUCGGCCCAUCUGACCUCCCCACUGCCUUACUGGUCUCCAAGAGUUCUCUUCCAAAGAGACACCUGACAGUUGAAACUUGUCCUUGACCUCUCACGUCAGGGUCUGCUUCUGCAGAACACAUAUUCGGUGGCCACCCAGCAACCCUCACAGGCAGACCCUCUCUAUGAGGUUCAGAGAGGCCAGCUUGUGUAUCCAAGAUCACACAGCUGGAGAAUGGAAAACUCCAGGGUUUUGGAGUUUCUAACCCAGAGCCACAGGCUCACACCUUUUGUAAAAGAUUAUCAAGGGCCAGGAAAUGUACAACGGAUGUUUACAAACAAGUAGUUCCCUGACAAAUGUGGCAAAGGGACCCAGACUGUGUCUUUAUUCUGUCACAAACAAUGACAAACAAGAGCUGCAUGCUGGCUAUGUAACAGGGAGUGUUGGUUUAGCCCAUGCUCGGUUUAACUUAAUAGUCACGAAACCUUGAUAUGCCCUUCAAUCUGUAUGUGAGAAAACAUCAAGAUGAAUGGAAGUGUCCAAGGCCAUAAGUCAUGCCAAUAAGAACAUGUGUGUUAGUCUGUUCAGAAGUCACAUGUGUGAGUCCUACCAUAUGCUAGGCAUGGCUUGAAACAGUGUUCUUCUCAAAAUUUAAAUGAAAGUGAUACAGAAGAGUGGAUAUUACAUAAGUGACCUCCAUCCUUCAUAUAAAAGAAAGAUUUUACUAGGAAAAACGAACUGAGGGGAAUAUGGCUAUUUGACACACUUACUUUGAGUAUAAUAAGAAUUCUCCAAAAUAUGGGAAUGAUUAAAACAUAAUAAUAUGGUGAAAUGAGAUGAUAAUAAUGAUAAUAAAAUAAAACCAAGAGUUCUGUAAAGAAAUGGAUUGUUAUGUCCCAUUUCAAUGUGAGGUGUGCUGAGAGGUGUGCGUUAGGUCUCCUUCCCCCAGUUGGCAUCUGGUGCCCCCUUGCCUCAGAACUCUAGUUAGAAAAAUUCUGUGUGAUGGAGCCUAGGAUGGGGAAAGAGGUUCAUUGGAGGAGGUUUUGUGUCUUAGGGCAAUGAGAUAGGAAAUGAGAGAGGGGUACAAGUUCCAGACUAUAGAAAAAAAAAAGAACAGGAAUUUCUUGUGAUCAGAAGGUUUUAAAAACUGCAGGCUUGGCUGAAGAGAUGGCUCAGAGGUUGAGAGCAUUUGCUGCUCUUGCAGAGAUUCUAUUCCAAGCAUCCACAUGGUGGCUCACAGCCAUCUGUAACUCCAAUUC